ACUUUAACUUUCAGGGUAAGGAAGUAGUUGAAGACGACGAGCGGGAAAGAGAAGCCGCAGCCAGUCCUGCUGAAGCAUCUCAACUGAACCAGAAUUGUCCUGACUAGAAUCUCAAAAGAUGGAAGGUGAAGAUGCUCGUCGCAAGGCUGCGAUCAAUGACUACCGUAAGAAGCUCUUACAACACAAGGAGCUCGAAGCCAGAGUUAGAGAAGUGAGGGAGAAUCUAAGAACUGCAAAGAAGGAGUUUGCCAAAACUGAAGAUGAUCUCAAAUCCCUUCAAAGUGUUGGACAGAUAAUAGGGGAAGUUCUGAGGCCUCUUGACAAUGAGCGAUUGAUAGUUAAAGCAAGUAGUGGUCCAAGAUAUGUUGUUGGAUGCCGCAGUAAAGUAGAUAAGGAAAAGCUGACAGCUGGGACCAGAGUUGUUCUUGAUAUGACGACUCUCACAAUCAUGCGAGCCCUUCCACGCGAAGUUGAUCCUGUUGUGUACAACAUGCUUCAUGAAGAUCCUGGUAACAUUAGCUACUCUGCUGUGGGUGGAUUAUCUGAUCAGAUCCGGGAACUUAGGGAAUCUAUUGAGCUACCUCUUAUGAAUCCUGAGCUCUUCCUCAGAGUGGGGAUAAAGCCACCAAAGGGUGUUCUUCUCUAUGGACCUCCUGGAACAGGCAAGACACUGUUAGCCAGAGCAAUUGCCAGUAAUAUAGAUGCUAAUUUCUUGAAGGUUGUGUCAAGUGCUAUAAUUGAUAAAUACAUUGGUGAAAGUGCAAGGUUGAUACGGGAGAUGUUUGGCUAUGCACGUGAUCACCAACCUUGCAUCAUUUUCAUGGAUGAAAUUGAUGCCAUUGGUGGCCGUCGAUUUAGUGAGGGAACAAGUGCAGACCGUGAGAUACAGAGAACGUUGAUGGAGUUGCUCAAUCAGCUUGAUGGAUUUGAUCAACUUGGAAAGGUUAAAAUGAUUAUGGCAACUAACAGACCUGAUGUCCUGGAUCCUGCACUUCUCCGUCCUGGUCGACUUGAUAGAAAAAUUGAGAUCCCAUUGCCCAAUGAGCAAUCGAGAAUGGAAAUCCUAAAAAUACAUGCUGCUGGAAUUGCCAAACAUGGUGAAAUAGACUACGAAGCAGUAGUAAAACUUGCAGAGGGGUUCAAUGGGGCUGAUCUUCGCAAUGUCUGCACUGAAGCUGGAAUGUCAGCAAUCCGUGCUGAGCGUGAUUAUGUUAUCCAUGAAGAUUUCAUGAAGGCUGUCCGGAAACUUAAUGAAGCCAAGAAGCUCGAGUCAACUGCUCACUACAAUGCGGACUUUGGAAAGGAUUAAGCAGGACGUGCCCUUAAAAUGCCAUGGAUGCUGGGGCAGUGCAAUCUUUUCCUUUCCCGUCUGUUAAACCAGGAAACACCCUCUUUCUGAAUUUGAUGUUUUGUAUUUGGUUUUAGUUACCAGAGACCAUUUUAUGAUUUCUAUUGGGCCAGUAAAAAAAUGAGUUAUAAGUUUGUAUUUU